AUGAACAAGGCUUUAAUGGGUGGCUAUGGCGUUGCCCUCAUUGCGGUGAUGUUAGCUUUGUGUUUACGUGCGUCAUCGGAGCAGCUCAGUUCAAGAGAAUGCGAGAAUCUCGGUUUCACCGGACUCGCCUUGUGCUCUGACUGCAACACUCUCUCCGAGUACGUCAAAGACAAAGAGUUGGUAUCGGAUUGUCUCAAGUGUUGCACGGAAGACUCCAAUGAUGCCACUACCAAGAUUACGUACUCUGGAGCUUUACUAGAAGUCUGCAUGAGGAAACUUGUUUUUUACCCUGAAGUUGUUAGCUUUAUUGAAGAGGAAAAAGAUCAAUUUCCAUCAGUACAAGUUCAAUACGUGUUUAACGCUCCACCAAAGCUAGUUAUGCUGGAUGAUUUUGGGCAUCAAAAGGAAACAAUCAGGAUUGAUAAUUGGAAACGUGAGCAUAUACUACAGUUCCUGCGAGAGAAAUUGAAGCCUAAGCCUCUUGCAUCAAAUUGA